AUGCUGAAAAAAGUCUCCCACAGCCCUCUCCAUAACCGCUACAAUGCUCUCAUCUCCUCGUCUUCCGACUCCAGUGGAUCAUUUUUGAUCAAGUCCCCGGACGAUAAGGAUGCGGCGGGGCCAGCUGCUGCUGCAGAUGUGGGGGACCCCCAUCAGCUGAACCCCCCACAGGACUCGCGCAGUAAGGACGGCGUGAUGGAGGACGCCGAGGAGAAAGCUUCAGCCCAGGCCUCCCUUAAAUCCCUCUUCGCUCCUCCACCUGAAUUUCAGAGCUCUCCUCUGGAUCUCGAAACUAACUCUAAGACUUCGGACUACGGAGCUUCAUUUUGGGAACCCGAAAAGAAGGCAGAUCUCUUCCAAGCCUCAGUGAAGGCCCCGAGCCCCACGGCCAAUGGUGACCUAUUUGACACAACCUCCAAAACGGCAGACUACUUCAGCACAAACCAGACUCAAUCACAGGACCUCUGGCAGUCGAACAGCUCCAAAGUGGAAGCACAGGAUCUUUUUCACGCUGCUGAAGGGAAGGAUUCGGCCCCCACUGUAUGGGCCAAUGGGGAGAGCCUGUUUGACGAACCUACCACUAAUUUUAUUGAUCCCUUCAAAUCUCCUUUGGACAAGGACGAUUUGUUUCAGUCUCCACAAACGGUGGCGACAAACCCCUUUUAUGUCCCCACCAGAGAAGCAGAUUUGUACUUAAACAGUGCAGUUAAAGGGGACGAACUCUUCAGCCCCAUGGGAAGCAAAGGAGACGCCUCAGAAGAGGCGCCCACUGCAGACGAUGACCUGUUUGGCAUGUCGUCCAAGGAAAAUCUGGAUCCAUUUUCCAACUCCUCCACAAACACAGUCAAUAUGAUCCAAAGCCCACUUUCAAGGGAUUUAUUCCAAAAUGUCUCCACCUUGGAGGAUCCAUUUAGCCCAACUCCUACAAAGCCGAGCGGCCUCCUCCAGAAUGGAACAGCAGACAUCUUCCGGCGACGGCCUUCAUACGCUAAACAGAGAGGGGAGCUGUCGGGGGUAACUCCAUCCAAGGCCUUAUUCUCUACACCUUCAAGCUACAGUCCAUCUGAGACCAAGUUGGACUUUCCAGUGUCUGCAGAUGCACUCAGGCAAUCCAAACCUCCUCCUCCUCCCGUCCCUCCAAAGCCGUCUCUCCGGCCCCAAGAGGUGGUCCUGACGACUCCCCAGGGAAGCAAACACAGCAUUCUUCAGCCCACUCCGUUCGUUCAGGCCAGCAGCCCGCCUGCGCGUCCGCCGCGACCACUUCCUCGAACUAGACCCCCGAGGCCAGAAAAGCCCCCCCAGCCGGCGGCUUCUGUCAGCCAGCAGGCUGAUACACAACCAAACAUACCGAAAACCUCACCGACUCUUUCAUUUAGAGGACCCCCAAAGCCGGUCAUUCGCCAUAAGCCAAAAUCGCCGGAGAGUAAACCGGUGGAACAUGAGAACUACAUAGUCUUUGAGGACAUCCUUCUGAUCGGGCAGGAACAUGCUGUAGACGACUGGCCCGAGGACAGUCCUGAGCUUCAGCCUGACUUCAAACCUUCUGGAAGACUCAGACUGCGAAGAGAGUCAAUGAAGGAAAAGCUGGUUGCUGGUGGGGGAAGUGGCGAUGAUCUGGACGGCACCGGGAGCAAGAAAAAGGAUAAGAAAUUCCGAAUGUCCCUACUCUCCAGGAGAGGAUCAAAGGACAAGUUUCCUGAUGACAUGAUGGACUCAAAGAGCAGCACUUUGCCUGUACAACGGAAAUCAUCAAAGGACUAUUUGUCUUCUCCAGGAGAGAAUGAAGAUGAAGACCAUUAUGGCAUGGACUAUAAAAAAAAACCCCUGAAGACCAAAGUCAAUAAGCUGUUUCGAAGAGCAUCAACUACUUCUGUGUUUGAUGGAAGGCACGAGAAUGGCCACUUUCCUCAGGAUUCAAAGGAGAGAGAGAAAAAGGAGACCGUUCGCAGAAAUUCGGAGGGGGCAAUGUUGGAUGACAGCCCCGGAGACGAGGAGGAGGGAGGCGAAGCCCACCAUGAGGAGAAGAGAAAAAAGAAGGUGAAAAUUAAGUUUGUGCCCCAAAGAGGAUUUGCUAUCUGUUUGGAAAAGUCUGGUGAAGAGCCAAAGGGAGCUCAUGGGUACACGCCACGCAAAGGCUCAAAGGACAAAUCAUUUGAUGAUGGUGCUGAGUCACACGGCUACACACCUCGUGAGAAAUUCCAGGAUGAUGAUUUUGAGGAUAUAGAAGAGAUAAAGGGCCAGACACUUCAGUCGGCAAACGUGGCUGCUUUCGUUGAUGACGAGCACUUGCAGAAGCCCCGCCGCCAUCAUCCCAGACCAAAUGAGGACGAAGAUGCUUUCGGAAUCCAAGACCAUAAACCUAAAAAACCAACAAAGGUCAAACUGCGACACAUGGGCCGCCGAAGUUCCAAGGAAAGCAUGCCGGAUGGAGGCAGUGCACAAAAAAAGAAGAGCAGCUUCUCCGCCGAGGAGUUAGACAAUGACGAACUGGAUGGGUUCGAGGACUGCAAACCGAACCAUGCCCAGCCCAAGGCCGCUCCGCGCCGGCACCACGCAGCCAGUGGACACGAGGCGGCUCCACACGACCUUUUCGCUGAGGAUGAGGAUUCCGUAGGUCUUGCAGACGUAUACGAAGAAGAAGCAGACGAAGUGGACAGUUGCAAACCGAAGAAGUCGCUCAAACUAAAGCUCCACAAAAAGUUCAAGCCCAAGCGCAAAAGCUCAGGUUGGGAAGACAAGGAUCCACCAGGAGCUGCUUCCAGUGACUUCAUGUCGGAGGCCGCUGAGGCCGAGUGGCGGGCGGCUCAGAAGGACGAGCGCGCCAUAGCGGAUCUGGAGGAUGAAGAUGAGGAGGGGGACACUGACAGUUUAAUGGAGUGGUGGUACACAGUGGAAAAAUGGGACGAGAUGCCAUCAGACGAAGAGAACACGGUCAUCAAACAGGAUGAGUCAAAGUCGUUCACCACCUUGGCAGACAAGGUCCAUCGUGGCCUGCGCCUCUUCAACAAGGUGUUCAUGGAGCGGGCCGAGGUGCUCUGGCAGUCCAUCAUCAUGCUCCACGCCAUCGCCGACAACAUCAGCAACUUCCACCACAAAGCCAAGAUCGCCGGCAUCACGGGCGGCACCACCACCGCCGUGGGGGGCGUGGCGGCCAUCGCCGGCUUGGCUCUGGCUCCUUUCACCCUUGGCGCCUCUCUGGUGAUCACAGCGGUGGGCGUCGGCGUGGCCACAGCUGGCGGGAUCACCUCGGCCUCCGCCGCCAUCUCGGAUAACGUUAACAACAUGCACGACCGCAAGAAGGUGGAGGCUCUCCUGAAGGAGUAUGAGGUGCACCUUCUGGACAUAGGGAAGAUCCUCCACUUCACCAAUCAGGGCGUGUACAAACUGCGGGGGCACCCCUUCCUCAGGUCCGGCACCCAGCACUACUCGGAGGAAUGGGAGAUCCGCAUGGCCGUCCAGAUGAUCAGCCUCGUGGACGCGCCCGUGAUGCGAGCGACUGAGCUCGCCGACACAGCCUUGACCUCACUGCAAGGACUCUUCAGGGGCAUGGACAAAUACUUUGUGAAGGACACCAGAGAGCUGAAGAAAGGCUGCAAGAAGGAGAUCGUGGGACAGAUCAGGGAGGUGGCAAAUGUGCUCAACGACACCAUCGUGGAACUCAACACCAUCAGGGAGGAGCUGCAGGAUGCAAUCGGAGGUGUUUCUGUUGGUCAGUUCAACAAAGGGAAGAACCGCCUUGCUUUGAACCAAAAAACUAGUUUCAACAACAUGAACAUGUUCAGAAGAGAUAAAGGCUCCGUGGCUCCAACUCCACCGGUUCCACCCAGACCCAGUGAGGAGGAGCUUGAAAACCCCAUCAAACACAGCUUGAACAGGCGGGAUGCAGAAGAUGCUGCAGCUUCACAGAAGAAAGGGGUGAUGGGGGUUGUGCAGAAGGUCAACCCCUUCAAGUCUGUCUCAAAGGCUCCCUCCUCCACAGUCAGCAAAGCCCCCUCCUCGGAGUCACUGGAACAGGCACCAGACUCGGCCCAGAACCCUCGUAUGCUGAAAGGAGUCAUACAGAAGGUCAACCCAUUCAAGUCCAGCACACAGACGUGUAAAGCUCCUUCCUCAGAGUCCCUGGACCAGGAAAAGGUUUCAGACUCAACUCAGAACCCCGGCAUGUUUAAGGGAGUCAUCCAGAAAGUAAACCCCUUCAAGUCCUCUGCACAGGUGCUGAAGGAUGAUCCUCAGGACGAUUGUGUAAAUCCACAGCAGGCUAAAGAACCUGAGGAUAAACAGGUGUUAUCCCGAUGCCUCACCAACCCCAUCUAUAAUCCUGGAUUUAUGACGGGUAUGAUUCGGAAAGUCAACCCUUUCCGAUUGGCCCAACCAAAGGUACCCUCAGAAAUCCUCAUGAGCGUGACUGUACCGCUGUCUGGGAGAUUCAGAAUGCCAUGUUUGACAAAGAGAGGCCCCAUUUUCUCAUGUUCAGACUCCCAGCUCGUAUCUAGUGACCUCUCUUCCAGCACUGGAAGCUUGGUUGACAACAACAAUGGGCCGGAAAAACAGAACCCUGGAAUGCUGAAAGGGAUGAUGCAGGAAGUGAAUCCCUUCAAGUCACACGCACAGGCUGCAGGUGACGCAUGUCAGACUGAUGCCGCACUUCCUGCUUACACUACCCAGGCUGAACGAGACGUUCACAGCGAGAACUCCACCAGCUCUGAAAGCUUGGAUGACAGCACUAUCGAGAGACACUCUAUCUGGUACACAGACGCCGGGAGCAGCUGUGAGACCUUCAUAUUGAGGAGGAUUCUUCCCAAUGCGCUGUUUGGGUCGGGAACGAAGAAGGAAGGAGAAGUGGAGACGCUGCAACUUGCUGAGGUCCCGGUUCCUGGAGAAGGAACAGAACUAGACCCUUUGGAGGAUGAAGAAGGCCUUUUGGCGUGGUGGAAAACUGUUGAGGGAUGGGAUGAAUGGAAUGAGGCAAACCAGGAUGAAGAAGCUGAAGAAGUGGUGGAGGAAGCGGCCGAUCGCGUCUUCAUGGCGGCUCGCCUCUUUGUGCGCUUCUUCAACCAGCGCGGCGCCUCGCUGCAGCAGCGCAUCCUGGAGCUGCUCGCCAUGGCCGACGCCGCCGACAACUUCCACAAGAAGACGGUGACGGCCAGCGUGGGCGGCGGCGUGGCCAGCGUGGCGGGCUCGGUCACCACCAUCACGGGCCUCAUCCUGGCGCCCUUCACGGCGGGGACCUCGCUCAUCGUCACGGCGGUGGGCAUCGGCAUCGCCACGGCCAGCGGCGUGACCUCGGCCUCCGCCAACAUCACCGACACGGUCCACUCGAAGACCGACCGCAAGAAGGUGGAGAAGAUGAUCCAAGAUUACCAGGGCGAGAUUCAAGACAUCAAAGAGUGCCUGGACUUUUUACAGGAAGGGAUGGAGACGCUGGAGGAGUGGGACUUUGAGAAGUAUGCGGAGAGCAUCGCGAAUAAGCACCUCAAUCAGAACGUCAAGCACGUCAUGAAGGAGGGCGGCCGGGCGGGAAAGGCCCUAUUGGUCAACACCGAGAGUCUGAUCAGCACGGUCCAGGUCCUGGGCGUGGCCGGCGGGGCGGCCAAGGCGGCGCAGGUGAUGAGCGUCACCACGGGAGUCAUGUCGGGUCUCUUCCUGGCUCUGGACGUCUUCUUCCUGGCCAAGGACUCCAUGGAGCUGAAAAAGGGGGCCAAGACGGACUUUGCCGCUAAGAUCAGAGAGGUCUGCAAGGACCUGCAGGACGGCCUGCUGGAGCUGAACCGGAUCAAGGAGCAGCUGCAGAAAACUAUGGACGGCAUAGAGGUGAAGGUGGAGGAGGAGGAGGAGGACGAGGAGCUUUUAAAGUCCGAUUUGAAAAAGCUUACUGAACUCGAAGAGUGAGGAAUGGUUUCUGUGAAGCUGAACUGAAGUCUGUGUCAUUACCUGCCAAAACGUUAGUGGCAGUUCUAUUGAUACUGCACAGUAAUAAAUAUUUUACCAAGAAGGGAUUUUAUGAAGAACUAUUUAAGUCAUUUUAAUUAAAUAUGCUGAACCAAAAGCUUUGUUAUAAAGUUUCUGUAUUUCUCUGAAAUAAAAAGUAGUUUCCU